AUGGACGACCAAGUGAGUCGACUGGUCGAUAAAAUCUGGAACAAAUUCCAAUCCACACCCAAAGACACCCGCCUAUUAAUUGCCAUCAGCGGGAUACCCGGGUCAGGCAAAACAGAGCUCGCAACUAUGAUGGCCAACCGCAUCAACCGGCGCUACCUUACACAACACCCUGAGUCACCACAAGUCGCAACCAACGUGCCCAUGGACGGCUACCAUCUAACCCGGGCUCAACUAUCUGAGAUGCCAGACCCGGCGUAUGCCAUCGCGCGUCGCGGCGCAGCGUUCACCUUCGACGGGGAAAAGUUUCUGCAGCUGGUCCGGGCGUUGCGGGAACAGGUGACGCCUGAGACGCAGAGUCUGUAUGCACCGAGCUUUGAUCAUGCGGUGAAAGACCCGGUUGACGACGAUAUACUAAUCCCGGCGUCGUGUCGGGUGAUAUUCUUUGAGGGAAAUUACUUGAGCUUGAAUAAGGAGCCGUGGAAUCGGGCGGCUGAGUUGAUGGAUGAGUUGUGGUUUGUGGAGGUGGAUUUUGAGGUCGCGAAGAAGAGGUUAAUUAAAAGGCAUGUUAAGGCCGGGAUUGCGAGUGAUGAGGCGGAGGCGGAGAAGAGGGUCUUGGAGAAUGACCUGGUAAAUGGGAAGGAGAUUGUUGAUUAUAGGUUAGAUCUGCAAGAGUUGGUCGUUAGUCGGUAUGAUCCUGCGUGGGAUGCAUGA